GGGAAGAGGCACCGUUUCAGAGCCUUGAGCAACAGCAUACAGAAUUGCCCCAUAGUUAUUUCUGUAGAAGGACACAAAUUGCUUGCUAUUGCCACGGACGGGAUGCCCAUUCAGCCCAUAGAAGUGGAUUCCCUCACCAUAUUCGGCGGCGAGAGAUGGGACUUCGUGGUGAACGCGACCGAGGAAGUGGCGCCAUAUUGGAUCUACUUCCAAGGUCAGCUGGACUGCGACGACAGGUUCAAGUCAGCUUUCCAGGUUGCGGUCAUGAGGUACGAGGGCGCGCAGGGCUAUCCGACGAGCCUACAGAACGUCACUUACGAGUCUACGAUUCCGGAGGGACUUAAUUUGAACAAGUUGAACGCGGCGCCAGGAGAUGGAACGUUCGUAACCGCCGCCGAGAUCAGAGGCUUAGAGGAAGACGAAGCCAUCGCCAGGAAGCCGGACUACCAGUUCUGGCUCGACUUCGACUUCUACAGCAAGAAUAACGAGCUGUUUCAUCACGAGGAGCAUUAUCCCUUCUUUGGAGUCCAGCGAAGCCACCGCGUGUACCUCCCGCAGAUCAACGACAUCAGCCUGCGACUCCCCAGCGUGCCUCCUCUCUCGCAGCCCGAAGGCGUGGACGUCGAGAGGGACUUCUGCAACGCCACCUCCAAGGGCGAGGUCUGCUCGGACUCCUUCUGCUACUGCCCCCACGUCCUCAGCGUCGAGAAGGACAGCCUGAUCGAGCUCGUGUUGGUGGACGAGGGUGUUGUUUACUGGGCCAACCAUCCUUUCCACCUCCAUGGCCAUACGUUCAAGGUGCUGGCCAUGGGACGCUUAGGGGAAGAAACUACCAUGAAAAAGGUGAAGGAACUCGACGCCGCCGGCCAGAUCGAGAGGAACUUCGACAACCCGCCCACGAAGGACACGGUGACGGUGCCUGACGGAGGUUACACCAUCAUUCGCUUCUUCGCUACAAAUCCAGGCUACUGGCUCUUCCACUGCCACAUCAGCUUCCACGUGGAGGUGGGCAUGGGGCUGGUGUUCCGCGUGGGCGACCAGAGCAUGGUGCCCCCCGUGCCCGAGAACUUCCCCCGCUGCGGCCACUGGACCCCCGACCCCGACCCCAACUUCAAGGCCAAGGUCAUGAGGUACGUCGAGGGCCAGACGCAGGUCACGGUGGACUUCGACCUCCUGGCCAACAGCUCCGACCACGCCCCUGGACCCAGCUACUCCACGCCCGUCAGGAGACCCACCAAGGCGCCCUCAAGAGCCAAGGGCACGUAUGGCACCAACGGCGGGUCGACCUUAGCCUCGGCGAGCUCGGGAUACCUGUCUUCGCUCCUUCUGGCUCUCGCUUUGGCGCGCGGGUUCUGCCACGCGUAAAAAUGACCGUUACGGAUGGGGUUCAAAUAUUUGAAAAAAAAAAUAACGGAAACAAAGAAACGUUAUCAAGAUUUCAGUCUAGCCGAAGCUGCGACUCUGUUUUUGUUUUAUCUUUCUCAUUAAUGUAUUUUUGUGAAAAGCGUAUUUGAGUGAAAAGUGCGUUAGAAUCUUUAAUUGUUAUGGACAGGUGUAUUUAGGUGUGUUUGGAAGAGUUAGCAUGUUUGUUAUGAGUCAGAAACGUGUGUUUAGGUGUUAUUACUCUAUAUGUUUAUUGUAAUAUGUAAUGCCUUUUCUAAAUGAUGAUUUAAGUGUUCUGGUAAUAUAUCUUAUUUAUUUCGAAUAUCAAGAUGAAAAAAAAAGAAAUGAAAGUAAUGAACUACUAAUUUGUGACCAGAAUAUAGCUCCAAAA